AUGGCCAAAACAAGUGGAUCUCAAGAUGAGAUCCAACUCAUAAAUGAUCAUACUGAUUUUGGUUAUUGGUACAAUGAAAUGAACAGUGAUGAUCAAUUUGUACGUUACAUGACAGAAAUUUACAAGAAACGACACCUGAAUAUUUACAUGAACAAACAACAAAAUACAAAAAUGAAUCAUCAUACACGUUUCAAUACCCAAUCAUCAGCAAAUCGACAACAAGUAACACGACAGUUACCACAGCUCAUGGACCAUCCAAUUACAUUCGACCAUAUUCAAGAAAUACAUUGCCGCCAUCACCACCAGAACCAGAUAUCAAAGACAUCUAUAACCGAGCGGGCUACACGUUCUAGUCCAUCAUCAACACCACGACGACCUCAUGAAAUUACACCAUCAGCUCCUCCACAAAUAUCAACAACAGUUAAAACAUUUCAUCUACCAACAGCACAUCUUAAAAGAGCAGUAGCGAAUAACUUACCGUGCUUUUGUAUAAAAUUUGAUAAUAAUAUAACUCAACGUAGUAUACCACCAGCCAUGAAAGUGGCAAGAUGGAUUCGUCAAAAAGUCCAACAACAAUCAUCUGAAUCAAUAGGAGACUUUUCUAUACUGAUACCUGUUGACACGGAUCGAUAUAAAUUUGGCGUAACAUCAAAAAAUGAUUUCUUAUUACUUUGGCACUGUAAGUGGCCAAAUGAAAUGGAUAACAUUGAUGUUGAAAUACAACAACCUCGUUCUCUACCUGAUUGUUGCGCACUAGUAGUGCGCUAUGCACUAACUGAUCUAUCCAAUGAAUUCGUUUAUCGAGAAAUUACUAAAUUAAUUAGCUCAGCAAGUUCCUACUCAAAAAUCAGCUACCAUCGAACCCGAUCAACAAAUGAUUAUAGAUUUUGUAUAGCCGAUACAAAUGAAUAUGAAGAAAUUUUCAAGAUCGGUCGUAUAGCAAUCGGACAUUUACUUCUUCCAAUAACUGCAUUUCUUCCUGAUCUAAAAUUGGCUUAUUGCUCAAACUGUUGGAUGAUUGGUCAUACUAAACCUGAAUGUAAAAUGAACCCUCGAUGUCGUAAAUGCUUAGAUAAUUGGGAGCUUAAUCAUCACUGCCAAAAGCCAAUAUUAUGUGCUCAAUGUGAAGAUCCACAUCUAUCAACAAGUAUCGAAUGUUCAGUGGUUUACAAUUAUCGCAUAACAUUAAAAGAUCAAGUUAAAAGAGCCAUUAAUGAUGGAUUAAUAAGUCAACCCAGCAUCAAUCAAAAAAGAUAA